GUCGCUGGGAGUGCGCACGCGUGAAGGCUGGCGGUUGAAAGUUGCUGGCUCUCUGGCCAGGUUGUUCAUUCCGAAGCACUGGUUCUUGGUGGAGAUGCCCAGUCGAGGGGCGCGCCCGGAAGACUGUACUGGACUGGUGUCCGACGACUCGACCCCGCACAAGGAGCAGCUUAGCAGCAAGAUAAAAGAACAAAAAGUUCUUGUGGAUGAACUUUCUAACUUGAAGAAGAACAGAAAAGUAUAUAGGCAGCAACAGAACAGCAACAUAUUCUUUCUUGCAGACCGAACAGAAAUGCUCUCUGAAAGCAAAAAUAUAUUGGAUGAACUGAAAAAAGAGUACCAAGAAAUAGAGAACUCAGAGAAGAGCAAAAUCAAGAAACAGUCAACUUAAUUUCAUAUAACAAUGUGUGGCAUUUGUUGUUCUAUAAGCUUUUCUGUUGAACAUUUCAGC